AUGAUAACAGUGAACGGAACAACCAACACUCCAACAGUGACGGCAGGUUACGAGUCAGCGAUUAUUUGGGCGGGAAACCUUACAAAUUCCCUCGCAGCGUUUGUUUUGCAUGAUAUUCAGGCAACAGACAGAACUGUGGAUUUUGGAAUACAUCUGGAGUUUGGAUAUAGAUAUAACCCGUUGAGAGACUCAGUGCAGGUUAAAGUCGAACAAAAACGUAAGUAAAAUAUUGCAUGCUAACCUGCAAAUACAGCCGCCUUUCAUCACCGCCGCCGCUUGGGACUCGCGUUUCGGCGUUUUGCCAGAGAGUGGAAAAACGUCGCCAGCUACAGUGAGCGAUGACAGGCGGCUCAAAAGUCUCAAGUCAUAAUUGUACGUUUAUGCGUCCUUGUUUCUCUUAAAACGCACGUUUUUAAUUGUUAUUAACGGGCCAUUACUAUCCUUCAGACCGAAACAGAAGCAGCAACGAUUGAAAUGCGAAACCUCGGCUGUUAAAAACGAACCGGCCCAUUCAGAGCGGAUCAUCUGGGUCUUUGAAGUGUAAAUAGUCGACCUCAUCGACUGAUGACGACUAAGCAGUAAGGCCAGCAGUAGACACGUCGAAAUCUGCAUAAAAAGUGACCAAAUCGUGCGGCUUAUACAAGCUAUCCUGUUCUGGUUCAUCACAUUGUAGGGGCGGCGGGAAUGUGAGCAGGAAAAAAAAGCAAGAACGCCUGCAACAGGCGACUCCUGAGCCACUUUAAUUUGUUCUUACUACAUUUUGGGGUCAUCUGUGGUCUGUACUGAACAGACGCACGACAAUAUGGAAUCUAUUUGUCAAAAUUAACAUACAAUCGGCAGACGAGGAACCACUUAGCAAAUAAGUACUGUCGAGAAUUCUGCGUAGUGAGUUGCUAACGUACGUACUCAUAAAUUUCUAUAAUAGGCAUUGUCAUGGGUAGCGAGUCGGCGUUUUAAACAAAAACAAAACUAUUUCGAAAUGUCAUGGUUUGGUGGUGCUACAGUAAGAGAUGUAGGUAAACAAAUCAAUCAUGAAUACUGUCCCAGAAAAAGAGAAACGAGAGAGGUCGGCCAUAAAAACCGAAGGAACAUUCUUAAUGUUAAGAGGAACAAAAUUUAGGUGUUUCUAGUACGUGACAAGCGUCGAGGAAGAUAUUCUGUGUUUUCACUCACGUGGCCAGCAUCUAUGCAAAUUUAUUGGAACAAAAGAAAGCUUUUACAUAAGAAAAGAGUUCAACUUCCACAGGAUUGGUUUGGGACACCAACAUGGCCGCCGUUUUAUUGUUUCGGGACACAAAUAUGGCCGCCAUGACGUCAUGUGAAAACACACAAUAGCAAUGCUAGUUGGUUUCUGCUAAAACUAUUAGACUCCUCGUUCUCGUAACUGUUGACCUACAGAAAAAUCGAACUGAUAAUCUAAUAACUGUCAAGUAUAGGCAAUGGAAAACUGUAAUAAUCUAUUUGUUAAAUGCAUAAUGAUUAUAAUUAGGACUGAGUGAGAAUACGUCAGACACUGAUUACACCUACUUUGAUUUUUUUUUUUUUAAUUUAAUUUACGUGCUCUGUGUAUCAAACAGGUGAUCGCCAGAGAUUUAUUUCUACGCCAGAUAAACCAACUAAAGUCUUCAUCGGCGGUAAUGUUUCUUUGGUUUGGCGGUACUAUCAACCUGCCCAUCNAAAUGCAUAAUGAUUAUAAUUAGGACUGAGUGAGAAUACGUCACUCACUGAUUACACCUACUUUGAUUUUUUUUUUAAAUUUAAUUUACGUGCUCUGUGUAUCAAACAGGUGAUCGCCAGAGAUUUAUUUCUACGCCAGAUAAACCAACUAAAGUCUUCAUCGGCGGUAAUGUUUCUUUGGUUUGGCGGUACUAUCAACCUGCCCAUCUUGCUCUCAUCUACGUAGCUUUUGGCUACUGGAAAAGCCCGGGUUACGUUUAUCCAAGAAUGAUCAUCAUUAAUGGGACAACCAACAUCCCCCAAGUGACGGCAGGUUAUGAGACAGCAAUAAGCUGGGCGGGAAAUCCAGAAACCUCUCUCGCCGCGUUUGUUGUGUAUAAUAUUCAGCCAACCGACGCAAGUGUGGUUUUUGGAAUACAUUUGGAGUUUGGUUAUAAGUAUAAUCCACUUACGGAUUUAGUGCAGAUCAAAGUGGAGAAAGAUGGUUGGUACAAUACUGUAUGACAAUGCACAAUGCAUGCACUUAUAUAUAAUCAAUAUUUAUACUGAGUUACUACUAGAUGUGGGUACAAUAACGUAAACCACUAAUAAUAAGGGCAAGUCAAAAUACAAACUAGUAAACUAGUAUACCCUCAGCUACACUACACACCAAAGAGCAAAGAUAGUGUACAAUAAUGGCAAUACCACUGCAUAUUUGUCCUGGAUUUUGGCGUUUUCUGUUUACUAUACAGUGGAAUACAAAGGUGAUAACAAAAACGCAUUACUCUUGAGAGCGAAAUGGACAAGAUAAGGAUCGAUCGCCAAUUAAACACUCUGUGUACAG